AUGCAGAGUCUACAGGUCUUGUGCGGGACUGUUGUUAUCGGAUGUGUUCGGAACAAGGCCACUCUCGUUGGACCCUGCUGUGAGUUCAACCUCCUGCACGAGGCAGCCGUAGCCGCCAUUAAGCUCCUGAACCACGUGUUGUAUGCCCAGCCCUGUCACCUACCCACCAUCCAAGCAACAAGGUCCUCCGUGUGCUCCGGUUUCCCCUACUGCUAA